AUGGAUGUUUUGGAUAUAUUUAGUCCACAAGGUAAAAUUCAGAGGAAGGUGUUAGCCGGCCCAUCGAGCCGAAAAAAAUUACCAACUAACAUGUCUUUAUUGGAUGCACAAAUAAAUGAAACUAUACGUAAUACAGAAAAAGGAAAAGAUUACAUAGCAGAAUACAUACAAGAAGAAGAAGAUAAGCUUCUGGAGUCAGCAAAUUAUAAUGCAAAUGAUGAAAACACUUUUGAUGAUAUAUCACAAGGUACAAAUUGUAUACAAGAUGUAAAUAAAGAAGAAAUAAUGAAGAUUUACAAAACGUAUGAUUUUGCUGAGCAUAAAAAAUCUAGUUUAACAAUUAAUUCCAAAAAAGAUGAGAUAGUAUCUAUGAUUGAAACUAAUUCAGUUGUAAUAAUUCAAGGACCCACUGGUUGUGGUAAAACUACACAAGUACCACAAUUUAUUCUAGACUCCUGUUAUAAAAAAAGAGUUCCUUGUAAUAUUAUAGUUACACAGCCUAGAAGAAUUGCUGCUAUUAGUAUUACAAGACGUGUCUGCCAAGAAAGAAAGUGGGAGGUAGGUUCUCUUGUUGGGUAUCAAGUGGGUUUGAUAAAACAUACAAGCAGAGAUACACGUUUGACAUACUGUACUACUGGUGUUCUUUUGCACAAACUCAUAAAUUCAAAAAAUAUGUUAGACUAUACACAUGUCAUACUUGAUGAAGUUCAUGAAAGGGAUCAAGAUAUGGACUUCCUUCUCCUUGUUGUCCGCAAACUGUUACGUACAAAUUCACGUUCAGUUAAAAUUAUUUUAAUGUCUGCUACAUUUGAAGUGGAGAAAUUUGCUAAAUACUUUUCUUCUCCUCUGAGAAAUAAACUUGUUCCUGCACCUAUUAUUGAUAUUGGAAAACAAAAUUACUUUAAUGUUAAAUAAAAUAAUAUUUAAAAUUUAUUAUAUUUGAAUAUACCUGAAGUUUCUGAACCACGUGUUACAAAAAAAAUGAUGGAAUUCUGUGUUAAGCUCAUGAAAGUUCUUGAUGAUGUAGAUAUGAAAGCUGAUGAUGCACAUUAUGAAGAGGAAACAAAUGUUUAUGAAAGACAUGUGAUUCUCGUAUUUUUACCAGGAAUUAACGAAAUUACAGAAAUGCAUAGUAUGUUGGCAUUGCCAAAUCAUGAAGAAGUUAAAUGGGAUAUAGUAAUAUUACAUUCCUCAAUUACAAGUGAAGAACAACAACUGAUUUUUCGGAAACCACCCUCUGGUUAUCGUCGUGUUAUUUUAUCUACAAAUAUUGCUGAAAGUAGUAUUACUGUACCUGAUGUAAAAUAUGUAAUUGACUUUUGUUUAGUAAAGCAACUUGUUAUGGAUCUGAAAAGUAAUUUUCAAAGUUUAGAAAUAAGAUGGGCAAGUAAGGUAAAUUGUGUACAAAGGGCAGGCCGUGCAGGUCGAGUAAUGGAUGGUAGAGUAUACAGAUUAGUGCCACAAACAUUUUAUGAACAAAGGAUGCCUCAAGAAGUAGCGCCCGAAAUGUUACGAUCUCCAUUAGAGAAUGUAGUUCUUAAAGCAAAAAUGUUAGAUAUGGGAGAUCCUAAAGCUAUUUUAGCACUUUCCCUUGAUCCACCUGAUCUUGCAAAUUUGGAAAAUACAAUAUUAUUAUUGAAAGAAACCGGAGCGUUAGUAAACAAGAUCAAUAAAAUAGAAAAAUUUGAUGGAGAACUAACAGAUCUUGGUCGAGUUAUGGCUAAUCUACCACUGGAUAUUCAUGUAUCGAAAUUAAUAAUGUUAGGUCACGUUUUUAGUGUCUUGAAAGAUACAAUCAUCAUUGCAGCUAGUUUAAAUGUAAAAGAUAUGUUCAAUAAUCCAUUUAACCAGAAAUUAUUAGCAUAUAAUGUUAGACUUAGUUGGGCCACCGAUUCUUGCAGUGACUGUAUAGCUUUUAUGAAUGUAUACAAAGUAUGGAUUACGGAGAAAGCUAACCGUCGAAUAAAUAGUGACGCUGCAGAGAAAAAAUGGGCAAUAAGAAAUUUUGUACAGCUAAGAGUAUUACGUGAAGUUAAAGCUUUAGUGACAGAACUAACUGCUAGACUGGAAAAAUUAGGCAUACAAGAAAGUGCUGGAGUCAAUAAAGUUGUUUGGAAAGAAAUAGAGCGACCAUUUGUUUUGAAACUAGUAAUUGCCGGUGCAUUUUAUCCAAAUUAUUUUAUUAAAAAUACAGCACAACAUCAACUUAAUGAACAUGCUGGGAUAAAAUUAUUGGGUGGUUUAGAUCCAUCGAAAACAGUGUAUUUACAAGGAUGGCCUGUGAGGCAACCUGGACUUUUAUACGCUCGCAGAAUUCAAGAGAUUUUCGAAAAAAAUUUAAUGACCUCCGCUGAAAAAAUAAGAGUGUCUUUUGAUGCUUCUGCUCGUAUUUACAUUCAAUUUAUUAAACAGGCAUUUGAAAAUCAACGUAUUAAAGCACCAAAUAUGAUAUCUCCUUCCGUUUACAAAGCAGUCAGAAUGAGACAAUGCAGUAUUCCCAUAGAAAUACCUGUUUUGUAUGAAAAUGUAGCUAUUCAACGUGCGGAAGAAAUGAACAUACAAAGAAAAGUAUUUUUUACUUCUGAAGACCUUAUAAAAGACAUAGUCAGACCUGAAUUACCGGGUUUAAGAGUAUCACGCAUUCCUAUAAUAAUACAACAUAUUAAAAAUCCUAGUCGUUUUUGGGUACAACUACGUGAUCCUACGAUUAAAAAAAGAUCAGACAAAAUAGUAUCAACAAUUGAAAAUAUAAAACAUCAUUUAAGAAAAUUCACAGAAACUCCCAAAACUGGUUCACUUGUAAUUGCGCCGUAUGAAGAAAAUAAUUGUAGAGCAUAUUUUCGAGCUGUAGUUGAAGGCCAUAUAACAUCAGAAGAUAUAUUAGUACAAGUAUUUUUCAUUGAUUAUGGUUAUUCAAGUGAAUGUAGAUUAUGCGAUUUAAGACAACUGGAACGUAACAGCGACAUUGUCAAUAUUCCCGCAUUAGCUAUUGAAUGCAAAUUAGCAAACAUUCAACCAUCUGUAGCGCAUAAUUUUAGUGAUGAUUGGUCACAGGCUGCAUACGAUUUGUUCUGGACUUUAAUUAACAAACCUGGCCGACUUUUUGGAGAAAUUUACUCUAUUGCUAAUAGCGUUAUUAUACUGGAACUGAUACAUAAAAACGAAGAAGAAGAAAUCAGCAUUAAUCAAUGUCUUCUUGAGAAAAAUUUUGCGAUAAAAAGAGAGGAAAACUAUUUUUCACGCUUUAAUCAUAAUUUAAGAAUGAAAAACAGUGAGAUGUCAGACAUGCAGUGUCAUCAUUACGAAAAGUUGCAGUAUAGCCAAGAUUAUAUGCUGGAUAUCUAUCCGGAUCCGCCUCCAAUUUCUGAGUGUCUCGACACAGUAAAUUUACGGGGUCCAUUUUCCCCGUUAGAAAUUAAAUUAGCUAAUCUUAUUACAGCUGGCAGAGAUAAAUCUGUAAAAAUAGCUACGAACUCUGUAAAUUCUGUUCUCCUAGACACCGAUCCCGAAGAUUUUUCUCAGCGACUUUUAGUGGCAGGAUCUAUUUCUCAAAGUUCAUAUAACCAAAACUUAACAUUAUAUAAUACGACGUUAAUGCCACGUCUUCCUGGAUGGACUGCUUUAAUUGUAUUAAUUUUUACUCCAUACAUGGAAUUGCGACGCAAUGAUUUUGGAACUUACUACACUGGCGCAUUAUGUGGAUUAGGAUUUGAUUCUAUCACUAAGAAGAGCAUUUUUUCAGAGCAUGACAUAGACUUUCAGUUUGAUGCUGAAAUUACUAUAGAUGAUUUGCAAUAUAUAAAUAGACUACGUUUUUGGAUGAAUAUGGGAAUGCAAAUUAAUCAUCAUUCAGAAAAAAGUAUCAGCAUGGAAGAAAUCAUUGUUUGUCAAUGCAGAAUAAAAGAUGCGUUAAUGAAAUUGUUAGAGAAAGAAAGAAAGCCUCAAGUUCCUGACAUAAUUAACAAUUCUGACAGAUGGAAUUUAUAUGAUGAAACUUUGUUACUUCGUCCUAGUAAGACACAUAUGGUCACUUGCAUAUAUGGAUUGCAUAAUGCAUUAGAAUUAGAAAAGGCAAAUGAACUACAAGAAAUGACAGAACAUGUGAGAAACUUGCGUGUAUUAACAACUGAAGAUCCAAGGAAACCUGAAAAUACCAAUAUUUCUUGUAAAUUAUGUAAUGUAACAUUAACGAGUAUUUUUGACCUUCGUAAUCAUUUGUACACGUUAAAACAUAGGCAAAACGAACAAAUAUUAAGAAUUGAGCUUUAA